AUGUAUCGGGGCUCCUUCGCACCGCCCCCCGCCCAGUCGCCGCCUCUUCACCAUCCCAUCCCACAGCAUGUAUCGACCGUGCCAAUGAUGCGCUCACCACCACCCCCCUCCCAGCAGACCCCGAACGCCCCCGGUGCCAGCUAUGGAGGUCCAUACCAACCCUCGCCCGCACAGGGCCAAGCACAGGGCCAACAAGGCCAAACCUACGACCCCGGAUUCGGCGGAUUCAUCAACGAUCCCACAGCACAGAUGGGAUUCCAGGUUGGCAAGAGCGCGAUGAUGGCCGGACAGGAAUACAUGGAGCAGAAUUUCAAUCGCUACGUCUCCAUAGUCGCUCUGAAGCACUACUUCAACGUCUCAAACUCCUACGUCCUAUCCAAACUAGCUCUAGUCCUCUUCCCCUGGCGCCACAAGCCCUGGUCCCGCCAACAAGCCCGCAUGCCCGCAGCCGCAGGGCCAAAUGGCCAAAUCACCCAGCAGCAAUACAGCUCCAUGUUCCUCCCUCCGCGGGAUGAUCUCAACUCCCCCCGAUAUGUACAUCCCCGUCAUGGCGCUGAAUUAUUGGGCUCGAUCACUACGACCGCCAUCGCGGUGAUUCUCUUCGAGAUCCUCUGUCUCAAGAUGGCUAUGUACAUCCUUGCUAUCAAUAAUGACUCGCAGCUGCUGGAUCUGGUCGCUUACUCUGGGUACAAGUUCGUUGGUAUCAUUGUUACACUGGUUGCGUCUGAGAUUCUAACGCCGGGUCGGGGACGGGUGGUUGGGUUGCUACGCUCGCUGAAAUAUGUCUUGCUGCCCGAUUCCGCCGACUCUUCUAUGCGCGCGGGUUCCAUGCAGACAGUUGCUCGGGGACAACGCAACCGCCGCACGCAGUUCCUGUUUGUGUACUCGUACGUGAUCCAGUUUGUCUUCAUGUGGGUGCUCAGUCGGGAGGGACCCUCUGCAUUGGGAGCUGGCGAUUCAUGA